UGAAGCGGACCGAGCUACACGUCUGUCGGACCCGGAGUUAGGACCUGCUUUCGGGGCAUGAGCUGAGGAUACAACGCCGAGGCCACCAGAGAUUGAUGGAAGCAGAAACCAAAACUCUUCCCUUGGAGAAUGCAUCCAUCCUUUGGGAGGGCUUUCUACAGGAAGGGCACAGAUUAUGGAUUGGCAACCUGGACCCCAAAAUCACAGAAUACCACCUCCUCAAACUCCUCCAGAAGUUUGGUAAGGUGAAGCWGUUCGACUUCCUCUUCCACAAGUCAGGUGCUUUGGAGGGACAGCCUCRAGGGUACUGUUUUGUUAACUUUGAAACUAAGCAGGAAGCAGAACAAGCCAUCCAGUGUCUCAAUGGCAAGCUGGCACUGUCUAAGAAGCUGGUGGUACGAUGGGCACAUGCUCAAGUAAAGAGAUACGAUCAUAACAAAAAUGACAAGAUUCUUCCAAUCAGUCUUGAACCUUCCUCAAGCACUGAGCCUACUCAGUCUAACUUAAGUGUCACUGCAAAGAUUAAAGCCAUUGAAGCAAAGCUGAAAAUGAUGGCAGAAAAUCCUGAUGCGGAGUAUCCAGCAGCACCUGUUUAUUCCUACUUUAAGCCACCAGAUAAAAAAAGGACUACUCCUUAUUCUAGAACAGCUUGGAAAUCUCGAAGAUGAUGGUUGUGAAUUACUGUGGCAGCAAAAGCAAAUUGGUCUCCACACCUGACUCCUCUGCCUUGGUACUUUGUAGAUGUGGAUGGUACUAUCCAACAGAGCACAAUCACAUGUUAGAGUUUGAUAACAUAACAUUUUGGAUGUUCUUAUGGAUGUGUCUUCCCUGAACUAUGUAUAGAAUUGAGCAUCAUCCAGAAUAAAUAGGAUUGUGUCCAAAAUUUUGAUUUGAACACUGGGAUGCUCUAGUUGGCUGGUUUGUUUGGAUUCAUAACUACAGAAACAUUAUAUAGUAUGCCAGAGAGAAAGUCAAACAUACAAAAUGUUAUUAUUUAAUCAGGAAACUAAAUUUAUUAACCUCUGUCAAAAGAACAUUUUUCUGUGCACAUGUCUUUACAACAUAAAGAAAAAGUUAAGAGACAGGGAGGAAAGUAAGACUUUUAAAUCAUGUUUAGAACUGCUGUUCAAUAAUUUAUGAUGGAAAUUCCUCCA